AUGACUUGGUAUGGCGGUCACUGUUACACCAUCGCAGGAAUCCAUCCUAAAACAGUCCAGAUUGGUCGAGUUUCCGAGUCUGAUAGAGAUGCACCUCCAAUAGGCUCAACGCAAGGCUCUAGGCAUGACAAACCUCACUCAUCCCUUGAACCUAUAGAGCAUGCUGCAGCACUCCACGGCCUAUAUGAAGCGCUGCCGUCGGAGUCUGAAAUGGAUGAUAUCUUCCAAAACAGGAGUAAAUGGUGGGACUCGUGGCGCGAAUCCUUCGGACUAAGCUGGGGCGAUGAAGAUGAUUCUAGCCUCGAAUGCUUCGCCACCCCAGCAUUCAGUACGGGCCAUCCCGCCACGGGCAAUUUUGCAAGAUACCUCCCUCCGGUGGAAAAGUGGAUCCUGAACAACGAUGAGCUGGCCGGCAGCGGAUACGGUCUGCAGUAUCUGAUGGACCUGGGGCUCUGUUUCAUGAGCUCCUUACAGCCUCGUCGCGCGUGCGUCGCAUAUCGCAAAGCAAACACUCUUAUGCAGCUCGCGGGGAUCCAUCGAACACACCGGACAUCCAAGAGCUUGGACACUCUUUUCUGGCAGGUAUUUGCCGCUGACCGUCACUGCGCAGCUUCCACCGGAUAUCUGGAUCUGAAAGAGAUCACCUUGUGCCAGAAGGCCAAAGAGAAACAUACCCGGGCCUUUUGCCUAGCACACGUGCACAAUCUAAAGGCACAUCUAUACAUGCCAUCAUUUUUGCAACGCUCCCGUGACGACAGGCAGGAGUAUAGUCGGAUUGCCUGUGUCAGGAGUGCAAGGAUUCUUCUAGAGGCAUAUAUUUUCCUGUAUGAGAGUGAUCCUGCAAUGACAAGCACAGAUAACAGCAUCAAGCAGUCAGGACUGAGCGCGCUGACUGCAGCGGUGAUCGUUUGCUUGAACUUGCUCGGCUAUGGAACGGGUGCUGUCGAUCCUGUAUCAGAAAGCGGCAUUGAUAAGGACUGUGACGAGGGAUUGAUAAAUCGGAUUAUCGUUGCUCUCAGAGGUCGAACUUUGGACAAGGGAGAAUGUCGCGAUAUUGUUGUGCCGUAUUUUGGCAUGGUGACGGUCGACCGCAGGGAUCACUCUUUGCAAGGCGAUGCUGAUCCCUGGUUGCAGAAUCCGACCGGGACUACCUCUUCGGUGUUGAAUGUCGACACCACCCUGCCGGCUUUGUACGACGAUAUAUUCCUCUCAUAUUCCGGUCCAUGGGCACUGCACAAUCAGAAUCAUGGCGAAGCGUUUGCUGGAGAUUCUGGCACCGCCUUAGAUUGA